CAAGUACUGCAAAGUUUUAGUAAAGUGGGCUAAGCUUCUUUACUUGACUAAAUGUAUGUAGUAUACUUUCCACCACUGAUAGUCAAAGACUACUAAAAAUAUAGCGUGGAACGAUUUAACAUCCUCGUCGUUUCUCAUGCAAAAAAACCCCACACCCAUUUUUGUGCCAUUGUUGCCAGGGUUACCGAGCAACAAACCACACGCUUCAUUUCUCUACCAUUGCGACUGUGGCUGCAGGUUUUUUUUGACGCUAACGUUUUACAAAAGUGAUCAAAACUGAUAAAUAAACAGGAACCAUGGAGACAAAAAACACAAGGCCCAUCUUCCCCUGGUACAAGGAAAGGUUGGAGACCAAGUAUCUUAAAGACCCAACGAACAAGAUUUCCUCAGUCAGCAGUUGUUGGCGUAGUGUGAACGUGAGCCUCGAUGACUUCAGCGACUGCUCGUGGAGAGGCGUCACGCCGCCCGUUUUCCAUGACACAAACCACCGCUUGACCCGGAAGCCCAGAAAGAGCGUCCCCAAAGAGCACGCCUGCUUCUCAAAGCAGAUGGUCCAAAAGCAGAUUCGCCGAGAAUACGUGGCCACUGUGGAGGAAAAACUCAAACAGCAUCCUUUGGCCAUGUACCCACACUACAAGGAUCACAUGACCCCAGAGUUAUUUGCUAAGGUGGUAUCCGUUUUGGACCCAGACAUGUGCGCAAACAGCGCCUCUCCAUUUUCCACGCCUACAGCGGACCACGCUGAGGAGGAAGACGAGGAAAACUGUACAGAGCCCAGAAAAGAGGAUGUGAAAAGAACAAAACAAGGAACAUGUGCCAAUAAAAUGCAAGUAUACUAGGAAUACCAUGUGUAGUAUCAAUAAUCUAAAACGCUUUGAUCCAAUAUGUAAGUAUAAUGAAUCAAUUUUACAUGGGUAUGUAAAAUAAACAAAUUAUAACUAA